AUGAUCUCAACUGUGAUGUGCACCAGAGAGACCCUUCAAAACGUCCAGUGCAACGACCACAUCAGGAGCCCCGUCAGGAUCGAGCCUCGCAGGAACUCCAUUCCCCAAACUCAGUCCCUCACCGCUAAACACCUGCAGGCACACCUGCCCAGACCGCAGACAGAAUCUGUGCGCUUCUCUCCUUACACUUACAAGGCUGCAGCUAAAUCCACUGUCACUUCCAUCAUGUCCACAAAAAGAACCUCACUCAGUCACAACUUGAACAAUGCUAAUGGCUCAUCACUCCCACCAUCACACAGUGCGAGCAGCGACUCCUCUCAGGUUCUGAAUUCAGCAAAGCAAGAACUCCUCGUACAGCACCCUGUCCAAUCAACCCCUCUAGAACCAGUAGAAGAAACCUCAAAGCCUCUGCGCUCACAUCGCAACAGAGCUCUUAAGCGCUUCAGCUCCAGGUGGCAAUCCAGAAGCUCCACUGGCAGCUGCAGCAACAUCCCCACCUUUUCAAUCGAGAGGCUGAACGGAGCAAAGAGUCACAGGAAGCGCUGUAAGCUGCUGGGUGAAGACCCAUCGCUGCAUGUUGUUGCCAGCAAUCAGCGCCAACGUUAUGUCACCAAGGAUGGGAAGUGCCAGGUCAACCUGGGGCCGAUAGCUGAGAAGGUACGCUUCCUCUCAGACAUUUUCACAACACUGGUGGAUCUCAAGUGUCGCUGGUUCCUCCUCGUCUUCACUUUGUGCUACAUCCUGACGUGGGUGGUCUUUGGGGGAAUCUACUUCUUUGGUGCCUGGCUGCGUGAUGACAUUACACAUGUUCAAGACCCACAAUGGAAGGCCUGCUUUGAAAAUGUAGACAGUUUUCUUUCAGCUCUGUUGCUGUCAAUUGAAAGCCAGAGGACUAUUGGGUAUGGCUCCAGGAUGGUGACAGCUAACUGCCCUGAAGGCACAGUGCUCCUCAUGAUCCAGUCCAUCCUUGGCUCAAUUAUUGAUGCUCUGAUGGUGGGCUGCAUGUUUGUUAAGAUCUCCCGGCCGCAGCAGAGAGCCCAGACCCUGAUCUUCAGUAAGAACUGUGUCAUAUGUGAGCGAGAUGAGAAGCUGUGCAUGCUGUUCCGCAUUGGUGAUCUGAGAGAGAGCCACAUGGUGGAUGCCAAGAUCCGGGCCAAGCUUAUCAAGUCUAGGCAGACCAAGGAGGGCGAGUUCAUCCCUCUGGAGCAGUCCGAAAUCAAUCUGGGCUAUGACUCCGGUGGAGACCGGUUGCUCCUGGUGGAACCCCAGACCAUUACUCACGUCAUCAAUGAGAGCAGCCCCUUCUGGGAGAUCGGGUCUGAGCGUUUGAAGAGGGAGACCUUUGAGAUCAUUGUGAUCCUGGAGGGCAUUGUGGAAGCAUCUGGUAUGACAUGCCAGGCGAGGACGUCCUACACGGAAGAUGAGGUCCUCUGGGGUCACCGAUUUGAGUCCUGUAUUUCUUUGGAGAAAGGGGCUUUUCGUGUGGACUACACAGCUUUUAACAAAACCUUUGAAGUCCAAAUGUCCUUAUUCAGUUCAAAAGACAGAAGCACAGCAGAGGGACAAGAAAUCGAGUAUUAGACAGAGCUUAACAAACAGCUUUUGAUUUUAUAUACUAAGAGGAGUUUGAUUGGUGUGUCAAAGGGAUUAUGAUAUUUCCACCAUACUUUGCUGUAUCAAUCUUUUUCAAGAAAAUGAAACUGAGGACAGCCAUAAUAUGUUGUAUGUAGGGUUGCAAAAUUCAGGUAAUUUUCAAAGUUGGAAACUUUC